AUGACUAAGUAUUUCCCUCACACACUGAAUCAAAAUACUGGUGACAAGCAGUAUUGCAAGCCAUCUGGUCAAGGUGGCCAUGCAUAUCUUCAGGAAAGAUUGUGGUGGGCUAGACUACUAUCAGUGGGAGCUGGUGAAGUAGCCAAUUUUGCUGCAUAUGCCUUUGCACCAGCCACCCUAGUGACUCCGUUAAGAGCUCUCAGCGUCCUAGUAAGUGCCAUUCUUUCCUCAUACUUCCUCAAUGAAAGACUUAAUCUCCAUGGGAAGACUGGAUGUCUCCUGAGCAUUCUAGGAUCUACAGUUAUGGUUAUUCACGCUCUAAAAGAGGAGGUUGUGACUUUAAAUAUAAUAGUGCACAAGCUAGGGGACCGAGGUUUUGUGGUCUUUGCAACACUUGUGGUCAUUGUGUCCUUGAUACUAAUCUUUGUGGUGGGACCUCGCCAUGCAAACAUUCUUGUGUAUGUGACAUUCUGCUCUGUAAUUGCAGCAUUUUCAGUCUCCUGUGUUAAGGGCCUGGGCAUUGCUAUCAAAGAGCUGUUUGCUGGAAAGCCUGUGCUCCGACAUCCCUUGGCCUAGAUUCUGCUGCUGAGCCUUAUAGUCUGUGUGAGUACACAGAUUAAUUACCUGAACAGGGCCCUUGAUAUAUUCAACACUUCCAUCGUGACUCCAAUAUGUUACAUAUUCUUUACAACAUCAGUUUUAACUUGUUUAGCUAUUCUUUUUAAGGAGUGGCAAGAUAUGCCUGUUGAUGAUGUCAUCGGUACUUUGAGUGGCUUCUUUACAAUCAUUCUGGGAAUAUUUUUGUUGCAUGCCUUUAAAGACAUCAGCAUUAGUCUAGCAAAUCUGCCUGUGUCUUUUCAAAAAGAUGACAAAGCAAUGAGUGGCAAUCUCUCUAGCAUGUAUGAAGUUCUUAAUACUGAAGAAAGCUUAACCUGCGGAAUUGAACAACACACUGGUGAAAAUGUCUCCCUAAGAAAUGGAAAUCUGACAGCUUUUUAA